UAAUUCAUUAUUUUAUUCAUCAAACUAAUAUUACAAAAUUGUAUAUUAAAUUGCAUUAAUUGUAUAAAUUGCAUUAAUUGUAUUAAAUUGUAUAAUAAAAUUGUAUAAAUUGUAUGAAAAAUGAAAAUUGUAUUAAUUGUGUUGUUGUUGCGUUUGGUUGAAUCGUAUUUGGGUACGGACAAGGAGGAGUUAUUGCGUCCUGUGAGUAUUUUUACGCCGAGUGCGAGGUUGGAUUCCGAGUUAUCCCUGAUGAGUCGUGCGUUAUUUGACGAUUUGCAUCGCUAUUCAGCCCAAAAUCCCUCAGACCAACUCAUUAGGAUAGAAUUCUUCUUCACACAUCGCUACGCCGUGAGAUUGGAAUCUUUACUUAAUUCCAUCAAAUUAUUAAUAGACUCGGUGGGUGGUACGGAGUUAGCGAAAAAAUUGGAAAAACCGAUCGAACUUCACUAUGACAAGUUACUGGAGAGUAUUUACGACACUUUAAAAUUAAUUCAAGACUCAAUGUUACACAUUUUAGACCAGUAUGAAGACCCGAACUAUGAAGUAAAACCCAGAAAACACAACACCUUCACCACAUACAACUCAAUGUACAAAUCUUUCGACACCGUCAACAGGCUAAUAAAGAUAAUAAAACUAGAAUUGACCCAGUCUAGACACACGGAUGCGGAAAAAAUAAUCUAUACACUGAGGAAUAAAUUGGAGUUACUGGCCCUAAGUGUGAGGAUUGGGUUUUUGGAAAGUGUGUAUAAUUUAGGCUACGUAAAGGGCUUAAAAAUGAGCUUUAUACAGACUGGCAUCUACUACCUAAUCACGUACGAGUAUGGAAUUUCACACGAAAUUGCCAAAACUGAGUUGGUAGAGCAGAUGGACUACUUCGAAAGUUACAUGAGUAACUAUACAAACUCCUGGGAAAAGCUGUUUAACUUUGUUCUGUUUCAUAUCAAGGAACAUGAACUCGUACUCGACACCUCUGAAACGCUACACAAAGAUCUAACACUCAUGCUCAAUGAUUUAAACGAAUUACUAUCGUCACUCACCAAAUAACUCUUUUACCCGAUUUAUUAAUUCGGAUUUUCACGAUUUUGUAAAUAAUUGCCAAAGUUGAUCGGGCUACGAUUUACCGAGGAAAAUAUCUAUCAAUAUUGCUGCAGUAACUACUCAUUUACCAAAAAAUAAUUGUAAAUAAUAAAAUAAAGUAAAGAGGUUGCAAAAUGUUAAAAUUGUUGGGUAACUAACAUGUACCCUGAGUAUAUGUGUAAAAUAACAUACUUGAAAAUGAAGUUUAAACACGCUAAAAACGCUAGUAAUAUAAUGUCACACUCAUUGCUUACUUGAUUUACACUAGAUAACGUUAAUAUACCGUAGAUAUGAUGUAUAGGUUGACAUGUGUAACAGGGUACGCUGAGGUGUUACGGGUAAAAUUAAAAUUACCCAAAAUAAUCACAAAUAA